UAUUUUUGAUGGCUAUGUUGUUGUCGAACGUUUGCCAGCUUAGUGAACCCAAUAGUUUGUUUAUUGUUAUUAGCUAAUAAACCACUUCAUUGAAUUAACAAUUUUAUGUUUGUAAGUUAUAAUUUUCAAAUUACUUAACUUAUUGAAGGAAGAAAAACAUCAACAAGUCCAAAACAAACUUAAGUGAUGGAGCAGAAACACAAAGAAGCUAUUAGAAGUAACUUUAGUUCCCUAGUGGAGCGCACAGACCUCGAUUCUGUUGUAACAUCAUUGUAUGAAAAAGGUGUAUUUUCCGAGCCAAUGAUUGAACCAUACAGGAUUAUUUCUCUACCAGAAAGGGAUCGUAAAAGACAAUUGUACGUUGAUAUCCUGCGUCGUGGACCAUUAGCAUUCGGCCAUCUUGUAGACACCCUGGGUGAACUGGGCUACUGGGACUUGGUGCGGGAUCUAGACCCUGACAGCCCUUUCUCAUUUCCAGGUCAACGCACAUUCAAUCCCAUUCCCAAAUUAAAUCCUCCUACAACGGGAAAUGAUAAUUUUCACAGUCUCAGCAGACCCAAGGGUGACGUGAAUAAAAAUCCGCGGCAGUCGUCCCCGCCGCCUGCGCCGGCGCCGCAUCAAUCAUCCGAUAACGACAACGCGGCCUGUGACGUCACCAUCGAGCCACCGUUCACCGUCGUCAAGAGCACCAAGUUCAUGGAGGAUAACGAUACGAAAGACGUGCGGCUGUACCGCACGCGCGGACGCAACCGCGGCGUUCUGCUGGACUUCACGUACAUGAAGUUCGACAACGACAUCGAGGAGUUCCGCAACGGCGUCGACGUCGACUGCAACAACCUCAAGUACUUGUUCAACGAGCUCGGCUUCCGCGUGCUGCGGUACCUCAACCUGACCAUGGCCGAGACGACGGAGACGCUGCGGUCGCUGGACGCGGUGCUGGUGGACAUCGAGAGCGUGUUCGUGGUGGUGUCGUCGCACGGCUACGAGCGCGCGCACUCCAGCGACACCGACGUGCGCUGCAAGGACGGCAAGCUCAUGCGCCUCAUGGACAUCAUCGACUACUUCAACAACCUCAACCUGCCCGCGCUCAUCGGCGUGCCCAAGGUCUUCAUCUUCCAGAUGUGCAGAGGCAGCAGCGCAGAUCACGCGUGGACGGACGCUGCGCCGGCGCCGCCGCACAUGCGCAUGCCGGACGGCGUGCUGUACGCCACGGACGGCGUGCUGUACGACGGACAGCCGGUGCAGCCCGCGGCGGCUGACCGACGGCUGUCGCGCGGCCGCCGCGAGCUGCCGCUCUACUCGGACAUACUCAUCGCGCACUCCACGCUGCCCGGUCUGGUGGCGCACCGCGACGGCAAGUUCGGGUCGUGGUACAUCCAGGUGCUGUGCAAGGUGUUCGCGGAGCGGGCGCACGACUGCCACGUGGAGAAGCUGUUCACGCUGGUGGACAAGCGCCUGCAGGCCGAGUUCAAGGUGCAGACCUCCUCCGUCGACCGCUGGGGCUUCAACAAGAGACUCUACCUGCACCCCGGACUCUAUGAGUCCUGAAUGUACGCACCCACUCAGAUCAACGAUUUUGUAACUAGGAUCGGAACAAUUGAUAGGUACGCAAUGGUACAAUUAGUACUACAUGUGUUACUUGCUCAACCAAGGUAAAUUAUGUACAUUGUAAUUUGGUAAUUAGUAGGAUAUUUGCUAUCUACUGAAUGAGAUUAUUUCUAUAGUAUGAUUUUUAAGACUUGGAACGAAUUGAUCUGCCUCAAUUACUAACGUAAAUGUUUAAUAUUAUCAUAAUUAGGAAUGACAUUGUAUAAACGGUCCAGCCAUAAUAUUUCAGGGUAAGUUAAUACCUAAGAGUGAUAAUAAAAUAUUACUAAGUAAUAGUAUUGUUGUGUGUACAUAUCAGUACCGGCAUCGGUACACAAUAAUAUACGUUUAAGAUAGUGUGGCUGCAAGUGUAGGUGGACGCGGAAUACGCACAAUAACGUACGCACUCUCUAAGAACAGUGCCAAAUACUUAGUCUACUGUCUAUAUUUUUAGAUGUAAUAGUAGUGAUAGCACUUGGCAGUAGGUAUCUAACAAUAACGAUAAAUGGAUCGUGUAUUAAUAUUCUCUUUUAGCAAUAUUGUGAAAAUAUUUUGUAUUUUAUAAGCAUGCCUACUAUACAAUUCUCAAUUAUUUUUAAUUAAUAUUUUAUUCAUAAAGUCAUACAAAAAUCUACUAAGAUCAUGUUUUAAAAAUACUGCCUAGUUAUACAUAUAAAUGUACGUAAAGUUUUAUAGAUAGGAAAUUGGUGAUCAAUAUUAUUGACGAUCCGUUGGUUGAUGAUUACUUCGGUCGGUACAAAGAACGAAAGUAGUAGAACUUUAUUCUCUUAACAACACCCGCUCUAAAGUUGCACUACUAGUUUUGAGCCACCAGAUCGAUGCGCGAAUCUUUCUCUGUUUUUUAUAAGUUAGGUACCUACCUACUUUAGAUAAACAAUUGCUUUUUCUAACCGCAAGUUCGAUAAGGAAAUGGGGACGCCUGUGGUCAGUCACAUGAUGCGCAAGACACACAGACAGGACGUGAAACCGUGUCCGUUUUAUACAAAAUGUAUAGAAGCAUCGCGACCCAAAAUACAUGGGAAAUACAGAAAGCUUACUUGUCUGCACCCUCGCCUAUGUUAGUCGCAACGGCGCCUCAUUUUUCUACUGUCUUGCGGCACCACAGUGUGGCCAUUACAACUGAAUAUUCAAGUCCGAUUGUAUAAGGGCACGUCGUUUUUUUUUCUAUUGAAAAAAAAAACAACGUGGUUGGUACAAACAUGAGCGUGUACUUACGUUACUUGUUAGCAUUUAUAUUGUUGACUGACGCACACGACGCGGUUAGCUUCUGCUAUCUAAUCGAAUCUAUUCGUCACACAGGUGCUUCCUUUUUACACUUCUAUUUUAUUUAUAAGUAUGUGCUGCAUUUAAUACGAAGUUUUUUAGAUGGAUACAUAAUAUAUGAAUAUUCUUGUAUAAUAUAAACGACAAAUUGUGAUAAGUAGCCAAUGCUAGUUCUAUGUAAAAUAAUGAAAUUUUGCCGAGUUCAGUUUGCCUCGUCCCUGUUGCCACAUCUGUUUCCAGCCAUUCUAGCCAGGCAACCAUUAAGACAUGUUAACUCAUGAUUACAUAACUAUUCUAACAAUUCUACACCUGACUGGUUGGUAUCGACGUAUUGACUGGCGGUAUCAAGCAGUCGUAUAAAUGCGGCUGAAUAUUAUUAUUAUACAUGGGAUAUUUUAUAAUUAUUGACUACUGAUAGUUUUAAGAAAUAAGGUAUAUUUUUUUACAAAAUAAAAUUAUAUUUCCAUU